CUUACAAACGUUCACAAUAGCAUUCACCGUUAGAAAACAUAAAAACAGAAAACACACACGGUAGAAAGUUAUGUUAUAAGUUAUAGGUGCAAAUGAUCAAUGUUUGUAUAUGCCGUUAAUCAGUGUAUGAACUGUGUAAUCCGCAGAUUUCUUCCCGAAGUAUUUGUUUUAAAAUUUCGACCUUCAGUCACCGUUAGUGUUAUGGAAUUAAACGGCGACUAUGAAUUAACUUCGGGAGAAGUGAAUACGAUCUUUACAGUGUUCAAACGUAUUCAACAAGCAAAAUCCCAAGCAGAAUCUCUGACCAAGGAACUUACAUGUAUUAGUGCUGAAAUUGAGAAAAUCCAAAAUUGGCCCAUGUUUAGACGUUGCCAUCUAAAUAAUAUUCAUACACUUAGUGCCGAAACCAAUGGUCCAGCACCUAAACGAGCGAAAUAUGAUUUUCCUCAAGCUGAUGAUGGAUAUGUUAAAGUUUACACAGAUGGAGCAUGUGAAAAUAAUGGAAAACCAAAUGCAAAAGCAGGAAUUGGAGUAUGGUUUCAAGAAGAUCACCCUCUAAACAUCUCUAAACCUGUUGAUGGUAAAGCUACUAAUAAUAAUGCAGAAAUACAAGCUUGUAUCCAUGCAGUUCAAGUAGCGAAAGAUUGUGGUAUUGAUAAAGUAGAAAUUAUUACUGAUUCUCAAUUUACCAUUAAUGCUAUGACGAACUGGAUUAAAAAUUGGAAAAAAAAUAACUGGAAAUUAGCUGGUGGAAAAGGCGAUGUAAAAAAUAAGUCAGAUUUUAAAAAACUAGAUCAGUUAUGUCAAGGCUUGCAAAUCAGAUGGGUUCGAAAUUUAUUUUUAAUUUACCCUGAAUUUAUGAGGAAUUUUAGGUACACGUCAGAGGGCAUACGGGGAUUAAAGGAAAUGAAAUGGCUGAUGAACUAGCUAGAAAAGGAGCCAGAUUGUAUAAACCACCUUGUUAGAUCUAUUUUUUCUUAAUAAAAUUGUGACAUCCCG